UUUUUCCUCCUCCUCUCCCCCCACUGGUCUAUUCCAAAGCUGUCCGAUGGAAAAAGACCCAGAAAUAGUGUAGGAUAUCAGGAGAGAAACAAGAAACUGAAGCCAAGGAGGGAGACGAGGCCUGGGCUGAAGGUGAGUGUGAGAAGGAGUGAAGGAGAGCCGGGAGCAGGGAAAGAGAUUGGAAAGUGUGGUGGAUUUUAGUGUUGGCAUUCAAAGCAGGAGGCAGGGCUGCCUUUGAAGUGUAUUUGCUUAAUGAGAGCAAUAACCCCCGAGCUCACGUUCUGGGAGGAGCCGGGCCCAGCUGUGAAUGGGAAGCAGUUUGUAGCAAAGUGUAAAGUGGUAGUUCUUGAUCUUUCUAUGGAAGGGAGAGUGAUACAGUGGGGAACUACCUUUGAAUCUGAGUUAAGGUCUGUCUAUCUGUAGAGUGAGUGUUGGCUGGCGGGUGAUCACAGACACUGAGGGAGUCAUGGAGAAUGAACAUGUGCCCCCUACCUCAGGCUCCAGCAGCAGCAGCAGCACCACCACCCCCACCACCAGCAGCACUGUUACCAGCAGCAGCUCCAGCAGUGGGAGGCAGCCAGUGCCUCAGAUAUCUGUGUACAGCGGGAUCCCAGACAGACAGACAGUCCAGGUGAUCCAGCAGGCCCUGCAUCGGCAGCCCAACACAGCGGCGCAGUACCUGCAGCAGAUGUACGCCGCCCAGCAGCAGCACCUCAUGCUGCAGACUGCUGCCCUCCAGCAGCAGCACCUAAGCAGCGCGCAGCUCCAGAGCCUUGCAGCCGUGCAGCAGGCAAGCCUUGCUGCAAACAGACAGGGCUCCAACCAGAAUGGGAGCGUUUCCCAGCAAUCCGGAGCAUCACAGACUACUCUUAACCUAGCCACCUCCCCGGCUGCAGCCCAGCUGAUCAGCCGUGCUCAGAGUGUGAACUCUGCUGCCUCUGGGAUCGCUCAGCAGGCCGUCCUCCUCGGAAACAGCUCCACCACCGGCCUCACCGCCAGCCAGGCACAGAUGUACCUGCGCGCACAGAUGGCACAGCAGAGUAACCUUGUGCAAGUAGCUAGGAGCCUAGGCCGUGCUGUCCCUUUGUCCCCUCAGCUCAUUUUCACUCCAACCGCUACAGUCACUGCUGUCCAGCAAGAGGUCUCCAAUCAGUCUUCUGGCCAACAAACAGCCUCUUCCCAGUCCCACAAUCCUUUCUUUCAGGUCCAGAACCUGGCUCUCCGCAGCCAGCAGGGCCCGGCCUCAGCCUCCCCUUCCCAGUCUCAGCUCCAGAGCCUGGGCCUCAAACCGGCCCCCGGCAGCCAGGCUGCUCCCCCCGCUGGCUCUGCUGCCUCCCAGCCCAAAGCUCCAGGGCAGGGGGCCUUGACUCUGGUGGGGAAGGGAGCCUCGUGUGAAGCCUCAUCGGAGGGAGGGAAGAAAGGAGAGAGCCCAGCCAGCCUCGAGACUCGUGUGGUGACCGUGAGCAGGAACGUGACGCCCGUGUGCAGCCACCCCCUCAUCACUCCAGCUUACACACAGAUCCAGCCCCACCAGCUGAUUCAACAGCAGCACAUCCAGCAGCAGCACAAGCAGAUCCAGCAGCACCAGUUUGUGAUCCAGCAGCAGCAGCAGCAGCAGCCACAGCCGAACAUCCCUCAGAGGUCCCAGCCUCAUCUCCUCCACUGUGCCUCCAUCCAGCCCCAGCCAGUCCAGACCCUCACUAUCCAGCCCACAGUGCAGCCCCAGACCCAGCAAUGCACCAUCCCAGUCCUGCCCAAGCAGCACAUCACACCUAGUCCCCAGGCCACCAUCUUCCACUCCACGCUGGGCCCCCAGACCGUCGCCCACAAUGGGCAGCCCUCGGCCCUGAGCCAGGCCCAGCAGAGCACCCAGCCUGUGCAGGUGGCAGCCGUCAAUCUGCAGAUCCAGCCUGUGCCCUCCACGCCCCCAAGACUGGUCCAUGACGGUGCGAGUAAAGAGAAGGUGACCCCCGUGACGGCCAGGGAGCCAAUCAGAACCAGCAGCGUCCAGCAGCCCUUCUCCACGCCUUCACCUACCGCGACAACGACAGAGCCGCACAAACCAGAUGCCAGCAAGCCAGCCACGCAAGGUAAAGCUCAGGAGAGAGGAGUGCAUGUGAAGGCAGGGGGCGCCUCUGCUCCAGCCAUGACCUCGGGGAACGGGAACGGCACUUCCACAGUCGCAGGGAGCGCGCCACAGAACGGGGAGAACAAGCCCCCCCAGGCCAUCGUCAAACCCCAGAUCCUCACCCACGUCAUCGAGGGCUUCGUCAUCCAGGAGGGGGCUGAGCCUUUCCCUGUGGUUCGGCCCCCGCUGCUCAUUGAGAACCUGAAGAAACAGAAGCAGCAGCUCCAGUCAGACCCAGAGAAGAUCCCUCACAGCAACCGUCCCAAUACCACAGACUCUGAAAUGGAGGAUCUUACACAGCAAGAUUUAAAAGAUCAGGAGGAAGAGGAAGAGGAGGAUGCCCCAAAACUGAAGUGUGAGCUCUGUGGCCGAGUCGACUUUGCUUACAAGUUCAAAAGGUCCAAAAGGUUUUGUUCCAUGGCCUGUGCAAAGAGGUAUAACGUUGGCUGCACGAAACGAGUGGGCCUGUUCCAUCCGGACAGGAGUAAAAGCACACCAAAAUCAGACGGUCCCAAACACAGGCGCAGGAGAUCACGCAAGAGCAGCCUGCAGCAUCUGAACAAGGAGGCGCAGAAGCAGCAGCCCGCCAAACUGCAGUCCCUGGGCGGGCCAGUCUCCUCUCCGCUCCCCUCGAAUCCCAGCCAGGAGUCCAGCCAGGGCUCGGAUAUCUCUAGCUAUGAGGAGCCCCCCUCUCCACUGUCUGCCGCCAGCUCCAUCGCAGCUCCCGGGAGACAGGGUCCCGCAGGGAGAGAGCUGCCCCUCCUCACACAGCACUUCCUUCCCAGUGACCCCACCAAGUGGAACGUGGAAGAAGUGUACGAGUUCAUCCGCUCCCUGCCCGGCUGCCAGGAGAUCGCAGAUGAGUUUCGUUCCCAGGAGAUCGAUGGGCAGGCCAUGCUGCUGUUAAAGGAGGACCACCUCAUGAGUGCCAUGAACAUCAAACUGGGGCCCGCCCUGAAGAUCUACGCCCGCAUCUGCCUGCUGAAGGACUCCUAGCCCAUCUCCCCUCGGCACCCAACCUCAGCACUGCGACACUGCCCGCCAUCUCGACACGAGCAAACCACGGGGACACAUCAAUACCAUGGGUAUGCUGUUGUGCGAGACAGGGACAGCUUUUAUUCUGAGGGUAUUUCAGAGCCUUCAGCGCUCCUGCAGAGCAUGCACCCCCAUUAAUGAUCAAAACAAGGGCUAUCUUGUGUCUAAUACACAAGUGACAUUAAAGGACAAGCAUGUCCAGUGAAGUUCAAGCCGAUAUGGGAUGGGAUGGGAUGGGAUGGGGGAA